UCUGAAAGAGGUUGGUAGAAAAGAUAUUUAACUUCAAUAAUGCUUGACAGUACAACAAGAUGGAACCAUGCAAAUUCAUCGCUCGGCUGCCAUGGCUGGCUUUUCUUGUCGGAUAUUAUUAAAUAUCCAGUGUUUCAUUUCAUCAAUUAACAAAUCAACUACUUGCUAUUAUUUACCUUUUUCUAAGGCAAUAUCGUGUAGAUUAACAUAUUAGAUUAAUGCAUCACUUUCUGUCUUCGACUGCGAUUCUCCAGUUUGAAAACGACUGUUGCCCCACAAAACGAAAAACAGCAUUAAAAAAUACACCCUCAACUUUUGCAUUAAAUACAUCCAAAUUUCCCUUGAAAAGCACGGUUCAUCUUCCAUUGGAUCAUGAACAGAAAGUCCUUGGAGUUCAUUUCGGGUUUGGAACUCAUUUCCUCAUCUGGGUUUGAAAUGGUCAAAACGUUUCGGUUUCUUUUUCCUUUUCUCUUGUCAAUGAAUGCAUAGAAACAUUCCUUUGUCUUCAGAUUUGCAGAGCAGAGAGAUGAAUGUUCAAAAGUCUUGCUUGAAAGAGGAAGAAGGAAGGGGUGAUAGAGUCGGAGAAAAAGACCUACCGAAAUUAAACAGGUUGCAACUAAAACAAGUCUCUGAUUCUUUUCACCAUGUAGUCGUUGACCACAAAAGUUUCUCCUCAGAGAGAAAAAUUCGACAACCCGAAAAUAGGAAAAAACCAAGUAUUUCACUUCCCAAGCCGGUUGCUAUUUCUUCUAAUAAUCCAGUCAGUGAAUUGGAUUCGGCAGCAACUAAGCUACAAAAGGUCUACAAAAGCUAUAGAACAAGAAGGAAUCUGGCAGAUUGCGCUGUUGUGGUUGAGGAGUUAUGGUGGAAAGCUUUAGACUUUGCCGCUCUCAAGGUAAGCUCGGUGUCAUUCUUCGACGAUGAAAAGACAGAAACCGCUACCUCCCGUUGGUCCCGGGCUAGGACGAGAGCUGCAAAGCUUGGGAAAGGUUUAUCAAAGGAUGAGAAUGCUCAAAAAUUAGCUCUUCAACACUGGCUUGAAGCAAUUGAUCCCCGCCACCGCUAUGGACAUAACUUGCAUUUUUACUAUGAUGUUUGGUUUGAUAGCAAGAGCACACAACCUUUCUUCUACUGGUUGGAUAUUGGUGAUGGGAAGAGGGUUAAUCUUGAGAAGUGCCGUAGAUCAGUUCUGUAUAAGCAAUGCAUCAAGUACCUUGGACCGAAAGAAAGGGAGGAGUACCUGGUGAUUGUGGAGAAUGGGAGGCUUGUUUACAAGCAAAGCAGAAUACCCAUCACCACAGUUGAAGAUUCCAAGUGGAUUUUUGUACUCAGCACGUCAAGAGAUCUGUAUGUGGGACAGAAGAAGAAAGGUCGCUUUCAACACUCCAGCUUCCUGUCUGGAGGAGCUAUAACGGCUGCAGGAAGAUUAGUUGCCAUUGAUGGAAUUCUCAAGGCUAUAUGGCCAUACAGUGGUCAUUACCUCCCAACAGAGAACAAUUUUAAGGAGUUCAUUAGUUUCCUUGAAGAACAUACAGUGGACUUGACCAACGUUAAGAGAUGUUCGGUAGAUGAUGACAACUACUCACUUAACAACACGAGCGAGGAAACAACGGAAACAACUUCAGAAGACAUGGUUGCAGAUGAUGUUGAUUUGGCAGUACCCGUCAAGUUGGUCACAACUAAUGAGCGGCAAGAGGAUCAGGGUAGCAGCAGAGAGGCACCGUUGAUAGACAUACCAAAGCGCUUGCUGUGCAGAUGGAGCAGUGGAGUUGGCCCUAGAAUAGGGUGUGUGAAGGAGUAUCCAGCAGAGUUGCAAGCACGAGCACUGGAGCAAGUGAACUUGUCACCAAGACCGUCACCAGGUUUCUUCGGAGGCUCGCUUCCAAUACCUUCACCACGGCCGAGCCCAAAAAUCAGGAUGUCUCCUAGGCUCUCAUAUAUGGGGAUCCCCAGCCCCAGGGUGCCUGUGUGUCUGACAGCGCCCAUCUAAAGCUUCUGCCUCUUGUGCCCCUAACAAAACCUCUGAUUUGUCGCAUUUUCAUGUACAUGGAACUCAUCCUUCUUUCUGCCUGGAAUGAUUCGAGUAGUACAUAUCUUGUUUCACUGGAUCAUUGACUUCCCUGGAAUAAAGAACCAAUAUUUUAUUUACCAAUCCCCUAAAUGCGAGGGAAAAGGAAAACAAUUCUAUAGUUCAGGGGCCCAUGUUAUUUUGGCUGCGUGUUCAAUCCCAGCAAAGCAAUAAAUGCAAGAGAUCUCAAAUGUGUGCCUCCGGAGCCCUUCCAUACAAAAUAACUUGUGAGAUGCUUUUUCAUGCCAUGGAAAAUUGCAAACAAACCAUGAACUUGAAAAACCCCAUCCACUGACAUUGACCAAAACCUCUCGCCCUGUAAGGAGCAUUCUAAAGUGAGAAAGAGAGAGCAGCUACCUCUAGGUAUAUUAAUUUCCUUUCUCUUGAGAAAACAACCGUGCGGAUUUUAUCUUCUUCUGCCACCAAAGGAUAUCCAUCAACCAACAGUACAGAAAAUCAUAAAAGAAUUCUACUCAGUUAAUGAAGCCUGAAUUUCUAAACUUGUGUUUGUUCCAUUUUACAUAGCUGAGCUUAACAUCAUUAAGCUCAAACAAGAACUAUCAACCAAGGACCAAUAGCCUUUCAAGAUCUAAUACAAUUUUAUCAGGAAUCUAUUCCCUGAGUUAUGA